AUGGCGCCCCCUUUGUCUCUGGCUGAUAUAGAUAUGGACAAGGUCGAUGUGGUUGCAAAGCCAGCAUCAUUGGGCGAAGCCGAGGACGAGACGUCUGAAGCAGCCAACCCUUUUUUGGGGUCCAACAAUCCGCAACUCGACCCACAGUCAACAGAGUUCAAUGUUAGAGCAUGGCUGCAAGCAGUCAUGAACAUUACAUCUCGAGACCUUGAACGGUAUCCAAAAGGGCUCGCAGGUAUUGCUUACAGGAAUCUCUCGGCUCAUGGUUUAGGGAACCAAACGGAUUACCAGAAGACGUUCGGCAACUACCCUUUGGGUCUCUUUAAAUGGGCCAAACGCCUCGUUAGUCAGGAGAAGAAGACCAGAAUACAAAUAUUGAGAGAUUUUGAUGGCCUAGUCAGAAGCGGAGAAAUGCUUGUGGUGUUGGGAAGACCAGGAAGUGGUUGUUCGACGUUGCUAAAGACCAUCUCUGGAGAAACCGAUGGAUUUUAUAUCGGCAAGGAUUCAUAUUUGAACUAUCAAGGCAUCCCAAGGGAGACUAUGCAUAAAGACUUCAGAGGGGAGUGCAUCUACCAAGCUGAAGUCGAUGCACACUUCCCACAAUUGACCGUGGCUCAGACUCUCGACUUUGCUGCUCGUGCAAGGACUCCCCAAAAUCUCAUGCCCGUGGUCACUCAGGAUACAUACGCUACACAUCUACGUGAUGUUGCCAUGGCAGCUUUUGGCCUGAGCCAUACAGCAAACACAAUCGUAGGCAGCGACUUUGUUAGGGGUAUCUCCGGUGGUGAACGGAAACGUGUUAGUAUCGCAGAAGUUGCCAUUGGCGGCAGUACUAUACAAUGUUGGGACAAUAGCACGCGCGGACUUGACAGUUCCACUGCUCUUGAAUUCGUGCGAACUCUUCAAACCUCAACUUCGCUCACUGGAGCAACUACGAUUGUGACGUUGUAUCAAGCAUCUGAAUCUAUCUACGGUCUCUUCGAUAAAGUUGCUGUGCUCUACGCAGGACAACAGAUUUAUUUUGGAAACAUUCAUGCAGCUAAAGGAUUUUUUGUCAAUCUCGGCUUCGAGUGUCUACCACGGCAAUUGACUGCUGAUUUCCUCACAUCGUUAACCAACCCGUUGGAACGACGAAUUCGGCCAGGCUUUGAAGGGAAGACACCUGUUACACCGGAUGAGUUUGCUGCCGUCUGGAAACAGAGCGAAGAUUGCCUACACCUAAUGCGUGAAAUCGAGGAGUUCGACAAGCAGUAUCCUGUUGGAGGGCCAUCUCUAGAUCACUUCAAGAACUUUCGUCGGGCUGCGCAAGCAGGAUCACAGCAUCUUAAGUCACCAUACACGCUUUCGCUGUCACAGCAGGUGUCAUUGUGUGUCCGACGGGGAUUUCAGAGACUGCGAGGGGAUAUGGGGACUGUCAUCGCCGGAGGCUUUUUCAACGUGAUCAUGGCGCUGGUGAUCGGCAGCAUAUUUUACGAUCUUCCAAAUAACACAGACUCACUCUACAGUCGUGGGGCCCUUCUCUUCUUUGCGAUCCUGCUAGCUUCUUUUGCUAGUGCUCUCGAGAUCAUGACUUUGUACGCCCAGAGGCCGAUUGUGGAGAAACAAUCUAAGUAUGCCUUCUAUCACCCGUUCGCUGAAGCAAUCGCUUCCAUGAUCUGCGACCUACCCAACAAAAUUCUUACCUCUCUGGGAUUCAAUCUCACCCUUUACUUCAUGACAAAUUUACGGCGUACACCAGGUCACUUCUUUGUGUUCUUGCUUUUUACCUUUACCUGUACAUUGACCAUGUCAAUGUACUUUCGAUGCAUAGGUGCAUUGUCUCGAUCGUUACCAGAGGCUCUGGCGCCGGCGUCCAUAUUCAGCCUCGCUCUUGCAAUCUAUACAGGAUUCACAAUCCCCGUCAAAGAUAUGCCUCCGUGGUUCAGAUGGCUCAAUUAUCUCAACCCAGUUGCCUAUGCUUUUGAAGCACUAAUGAUCAAUGAAUUCCACGACCGGACGAUCGAAUGCUCGAAGUUCAUUCCUGAGGGGCCUGAUUAUGAUAGAGCUUCUCUAGAAGAGAGGAUAUGCGCAGCGACUGGAGCGGCUACGGGAGAAAACUUUCUUGAUGGAAAUACUUAUCUCGCAGUCAACUUCCAUUACCAUGCUGACCAUUUGUGGAGGAACUUGGGUAUCAUGAUUGCAUUGAUGGCUUUUGGCUGCGCUGUAUAUUUGACAGCUACCGAGUAUAUCUCAGCAAAGAAGUCAAAAGGCGAGGUUCUCCUAUUUCAGCGCGGUCGUGUGCCUUACAUCGAAUCCAAAUCGGAUGAAGAAGCCAAUGCCGAAAAGCGGAUUAAUACAGAUAUCCUGCGACAAGAAACCCCGGCGCUUCAAUGCCCCUCUGGUCUCCAAAGACAGACUGCAGUUUUCCAGUGGAGAGGUGUUGAUUAUGAUAUCAAAGUCAAGAAGAACACGCGAAGACUCCUACAUGAGGUCGAUGGAUGGAUUAAACCGGGCCGUCUCACAGCUUUAAUGGGCGUUACUGGAGCUGGCAAGACCACUUUGCUUGAUGUUUUAGCUGCCAGGGCGACGCUUGGCGUUGUUGGUGGUGAGUUCUUAGUAAGUGGGCAGCCUCGAGACACAGGAUUUCAACGCAAAACUGGAUAUGUCCAACAGCAGGACUUGCAUCUAGCUACUACUACUGUUAGAGAAGCAUUGACCUUCAGUGCUCUUUUACGGCAGCCGAGGACUACCUCACGAGCUGAGAAGAUUGCAUAUGUCGAACAAGUCAUCAAGGUUCUCGAGAUGGAGCCGUAUGCUGAUGCGAUUGUUGGAGUCCCAGGAGAAGGUCUGAAUAUUGAACAAAGGAAGAGACUGACGAUUGGAGUUGAACUUGCUGCCAAACCUGCCUUGUUGCUUUUUCUUGAUGAGCCUACUUCUGGGCUCGACAGCCAGACAGCUUGGUCUAUAUGCACUCUGCUUCGAAGACUUGCUGAUAACGGCCAAGCUAUCCUUUGCACCAUUCACCAGCCCUCAGCGCAUCUGUUCCAAGCAUUCGAUGAGCUUCUUCUUCUCUCUUUGGAGGGAAAGACGUUGUACUUUGGCGAGAUCGGUGAGUCCUCCAUGACUGUUCGCAGCUAUUUCGAGCGUCAUGGAGCAAGAUCGUGCGGCGCCAGGGAGAACCCAGCAGAAUGGAUGCUCGAAGUUACUGGGACGACUACUUCGUCCAGGGGCGCAAAGGAUUGGUCAGUAAUCUGGAGCGACUCUGAAGAACGCACAGCCAUAAAGGCUGAGCUUGCUCGCAUGAAAAUGAACUUCUCUGCCCAGCCAACUUCCAAUAAUCCUGACGAUCCCGAUGCAUUACGCCCGUUUGCAGCCCCUUUUGGAACCCAGCUGUGCGUUGUUCUGAAGCGCGUAUUUCAGCAGUAUUGGCGCACACCGUCAUACUUGUACAGCAAAGUUGCUCUCUGUCUAUUCAGCGCAUUAUUCAUCGGGUUUUCUUUUUGGAAGACGCCUAAUUCCCUCCAGGGACUCCAGAAUCAAAUGUUUGCCAUCUUUAUGUUGCUGGUUAUAUUCACCAAUGUCUGCUCACAAAUCAUGCCUCACUAUGUCUCCCAGCGUAUGCUCUACGAAGCUCGAGAGAGCCCGUCCAAGACCUAUUCCUGGAAGGUAUUUGUCCUCUCAAUGAUGAUAGUGGAAAUGCCAUGGAACAUGGUGUCUGCUUUCCUCGUUUUCAUUUCCUGGUACUACCCUAUCGGAUUACGUCAGAAUGCACUAGAGGCGAAUCAAGGUCCGGAAAGAGAAGCGUUGAUGUUCCUCUUCAUUCUUGCGUUCUUGAUGUUUGCCGGAACUUUCACGAACAUGGUCAUGGCGGCAGUAGACACAGCCGAGGCGGGCGCAACCCCAGAGGCUUUGCCUGGUUUCUGGAUAUUCAUGUACCGCGUUUCCCCUUUUACCUAUUUCUUCUCGGGGGUAUUGUCCGUGGGGCUUGCGAACUCACACAUUACAUGCACCGCCGAAGAAUUGCUGAGAUUCUCGCCGCCAUCAUCGUUGAAUUGCUCCACAUACCUUGCUCCCUAUAUUGAAGCAUUUAGUGGGUACCUCACUCCGGAUAGCAUAGGCUCAACCACGGAAUGUGUCUUUUGCAGUGGCAAUGAUACUAACAGCUUUUUGAAAAGCGUGAGUGCCAACUACGCAGAGCGCUGGCGAAAUUUCGGCAUAUUUUGGUGCUACACACUGUUCAAUGUUGCGGCGGCCAUCUUGUUGUUUUGGAUCACACGAGUGCCAAAGCAGAAGAGAGUCCUCAAUAACGAAAGUAAUAAGGAAGUGACAGGAAAGAAAGCAAAAACUGCGGAUAAGUCGAUGAAUGCCAACGAAGAACAGCAAAUCAAAGGGAGCCCCAUUAUUUAA